AUGUCGGCCAUGAAAGGUAAUGGUUCGGAGCGUUUUGACGGUAUUGGACACGAAUUCCCGUCGAAUGAUGAGCUUGGCGACAGCAAAAACAAUAUUGUAGGCGAAAAUAAUGAAAAUGAAAACCACAUAUUGUCGAUUGUUGAUAAGAAUAAAGACUGCUAUAUUAGUGGAAUGAGCGCUGAUAUUUCAAGCGGUAACAUUAGCUGUGAAAGCAAAGACCUUGAGCCGGUACUAAAGAUUACAAAGUUCGCGGACGGUGCUUUAUGUACGGGAAAAGACUCAAGCGGCGAGGAUAUCUGGCACAAUGCCGAAGAUAAGAUGAAGAAUAGCACCCAACAGGCCGUUAACCUUCGUAGAAAUGCCAGCAUCAAGCGAAAGUCAUUAAUUCAGUCGAUAAUUUCUCCAGGGUCAGGUUCACCUAACCUUCCGUCGCCUCUAAGCCAUUGUAAUAACAAUGGCUCCGCUGGAGGGUUUACAAACAGUGCAGCUUUAAACCCCAAUGCUGUGAGUUGGGGCUAUCAGCAAAAGUGCUCCUCACAGGGGUCUGGACAUUCGCGGGCGAGUAGCAGCGGAUCUAUUCGUUCAGAAGAUGAGGCUCUCACCGAUGUGUCUGCGAUGUUACAGACACUUGCAACGCGAGAAUUAGAGGUGUUAGAGCAACGCAAGAAUGUCGAGGAUCUACGAAAGCACUUGGAACUGGAGGAAAGAACAUUGGCUAUGCAAAUGCAAGAGUUAGAUGGCCUGAAGCUGAAGGUUUCGUAUGCCCUAGACCCUAACUCGGGAGGGUCUUUGAAUCAUAUACGUGGUGUGCCUCCAGCAUCAGAACAGGUGGUAAUUCAAAAUCAAGAAGCUCGUAACGCUACUCAGAGUCUACAAGGCAAGUCGCGCCCCUCCAAGAAUAUUGAGCGUUCCUCGUCCCGACGUAGCAGUGCUGCAGGCUCAGCGCCGCCUAAGCAGGGGACCACAGUGCCACCGGUGAAACAAGAGUCUGUAUGGUCGAAGUCUUUAUCGUUAUUGAACGAUUUCGACCAACUUCUACAACAAGGAUUAGAAAAGAAGCUAGGGUUUGAGGACAUCGCGCCGUCACAGCAUCUUUCUAGCACAAAAACGUACUCUAAGUCGAACAGAGUACUGCUCGAAGACAAGGGUAUCAGCUUCUGGGGAUUUGUGCAAGACUUCAAGGCUACCUUGCUCAGCCUAGGGGAGAUUGGUUACCCUCCUGAUACACCCACAGGGCAGAAACAACGAAAUGAGAAUCACGACCCAAAACUGACUAGAAGCAACAGUACUAACAAGAAGCGCAAAAACAGCGCUGGAAAUAAAACAAGGCUAACACGUGAAGGAAGAGAAGGCUCUAGGAAACUCGUCACUAUAGAUGAAAAGCUAUCCCAAGCUGCGCCUGUAUCGUCUACUCCUCGUAUCCUUCACCAACAAGAACGUUCUAACACAGAAACGAGAUAG